UGAUGAUUGAAUCUCACUCGAAGUGUUGGGCUUGGAAAUGCAGCCUUUACCUCGAGCUGCAGCUUGGAGGACAUAUAAGCUGCACUCCUGGCUGCGGGAGUGGCUGGCGUUUACCAAAGAUCCUUUGACGAACUUACGAUCUCUCACUUCGUUAUGACUUCCCUCACAUCGAGUGCGAGCCACAACUUCGUGGCUUGCAUAACCAUGCUCGUCCUUACAACAAUUGUGAUACUCUUGCGACUUGUAGUGAGGGUAUCGCUUGGACAGACUCUGAUGAUUGCUGAUUGGUUCUCCUUCUUGGCCUUUGGCCUAUUUUGCGCAUACUGUGGAGUGAUCAUAAAUCACAUAUUCAACAUAUCCAUGUAUCGCGCUUUUGAACCUGAUCCAUUGCUUGGCUUGGAUGAGUUAAAGAAUUUACUAAAGACAUCAUACAUCCUUGAGCUCAUCAUGGGAUGUGUUAUAACUGCUGCAAAGAUUAGCAUCCUCUGGUUCUAUCAUCCCAUAUUUGCCGUCUAUCCCAUGAUUCGGAAGGCAAUCUACGCAACGGGAGCAGCGUGCAUCAUCUGGUUCAUCAUAGUCACAUUCGUUUUCAUAUUCCAGUGCAGUCCCGUAGACGCCUACUGGAACAUGUUCGCACAACCGCCAGCGUGCCACAAGUCGCAGCAACUCGUUCUCGGCUACGAGUUAACAAACUUCUUCCUAGACGUCGUCAUAUUGUGCAUACCGAUCAAGCCGAUCAAGGCGCUGCAGCUUUCGCCAUUGAAGAGGGCCUCUACGAUGGCGAUAUUCAUGCUAGGAGGCUUUGUCUGUAUAGCAAGUAUAAUCCGAAUGACGGCCGUAUACGACGCAAGAGACCCAUCGCGAGAGGUGAACUUUUCCCCUGCAAUGAUGUGGUCCACGAUACAAUUAGGCACAGCUAUCGUAUGUAGUACUUUGCCAGCACUGGGCCCGCUGAUUCGGAGCGUGAGCAAGCCGUUAUCGUCACUAAAGAGCCAAUAUCUUUCCACGCGCUCGAGAGGGAAGUCAAGCAAAUGGAGCACAACAGGUGACAGGUCUGGCAAGACGAACGAGAGCCGUGACGAAAAUUAUUGGAUCAGGAUGGAGGAAAAUUCUCAUGAUAGAUCCCACGAUAGUAAGGACCACAUCCCAAGUCAUGCAGCCUAAGGUCUCGGAUUUCGUUGCAUCAAUAGCUAUUCUUCCUGAAAACUUUCUUAUAGUUCUGAACAAUUUUAUGAUCAAUUGUUUUCAUCGUGUACUUUCACUUCAAUUCCAUGGCGUACCCAUUGGAAGUUACCUUGACGGCAGACUCUUUAGAUAUCAAGGCUUGUAGUGGUCAAUAGCCGAAAAUGAAAUUUCA